UUCGAACCCCACACAAACCCCCGCGGCGCACCCCUGCCCUAAUCGAAGCGACCGCCAAACUCUCUUUUUCUUCGGCGACUGCGGCGUCUCCUCCGUGAACGACGGCUGCCUUCCUCUCCAUCGGGAAACAGCGACAGUUGGCGGUGGCGUCUUCCCCUCCCGUUUCCAUUUCAAGAACAUCAGAAAAUUUCAACACAAAACCCCAAAUGAUACAAAGGACUCGACUCAAUCAUACAAAGGACUCGACUCAAUCUAAAUUACAAGUUGAGUAAACAACUACAAUUUGACUUGAUUUCGAAACCCGAAAAUAGACCCAAAACCUCAAUGUAUUUGGUUAGGUAUAACCUUACACCUUUAUGCCAUCACAGUGUGUUCUCUGCUGUAGUGCUGAAAGCAACUAUCUCUGCUACUUGAGACUUGUUCGUACCUCAAAACACACAGGCCUGUUUAUAUUUGAAUUGUCAAAUCUUGUAUUGGCUGGUUUAGUUGGUGAUUUGAAGGGGCCUUUUCCGGUAACAACAGAAAGAGAUUUGAAUGCUCUUACUUUAACUACAGAUAUUUUCUUACACAGAUUUCAAUGAUGCAGAAGAUCCAUAUGGCUGAUCAUGAAUAGUUUGGACACCAUGGCUUUUGUUAUUAUUGUGGUUGUUUGCACUUGCUGGUUUUAUUGGCAAAUUCUCAUUGAUCUAGGUUUUUUUUUUUCAUUAAUGAUAUGUAGCUCAUGCUACAUAUAAUUUGUUUACAGUAGUUGAAGUUAUUUACAUGAGCAAUCUUUCUCAUAAAUUAAGUUCCUUUAUCAGCAUAGAACCAAAUAAACUAGUAUCAUUUCUUGAUUGAGGCAGUUUUCUUAUCUCUUUAUUCAUUUUUUCAGAAAAUUUAUUGCCUUUCUCUGGUCUUCCAGCUAUGUUGUUUUUUUAUGUCAAGUUGCUCAUCAUCAUCAACAAUGCCCUUUUUAGCAUGUUGAACCUCACAAAUUACCCUUGGUAAUUAAUUAAACAGUGUCUUAUCUACUCACCAGUCUUGCUAGACUUUUAACUAGAUAAUCUCUUUACAUUCUUGAUGAAAUGUACCAAUUACUCUGGAAGUGAUCAUUUGAAAUGUUUCAGAUUUUAGUUAUAGGACAUUAGUGGAUCUGAUGUUAGAGAAAACAUUAUGCAUCUUCCUGUUAUUCUGAAUUCUGUAGUACCAUGUGCAAGUCAUUGAUGUUCAACCUAUAAGUAUAAACAUGAGUAUCGUCUGUAUACGGUCAACAUUGUAAAUGCAUAGGCCACUCUUAUGCAGCAUAUUUGAUGAAGAUUCAUUUGAUAUAGUUUUUAAAUUGCUACAGGAAUAUAGGAUGCUUGGUAGUGUCUAAACCCACCAACUACAAUAUAAAAAUAAGUGGAAGAUAGUGUCUGUGCGCUGGUGUUAUAUGAUGCCAUUAUUUCAGUGGUGGAGAAUUGCUCGGAUGUGAGCAUGAGAAUGAGUAACUAAUCAUAGGUACUCGUUAUCAACUCUCAAACACCAUUUAGAGACUUAUCUCUGAAAGACAUGGUGGAUUGGAACUGAAUGCAUGUGGAUUAACAUGAGUGGUAAAGGAAUGUUGUCUGUGACAGAUGAUUAGUAGAAAGUUUUCAACAUCGUUGAUUUGAGGUAGAAGAGGAAUUUGGACUUGGAGAGGGCAGAAAUAAGACUACUUAUCUUGUAUUUUUCUGCAAACAGUACGUGAUACUGCCUCAAAAGACAAUGUUUUUGGUGCAGAAGAGGCUCUUUUGCCUUCUCUCAUGUAACAAGUCCACCAUCCAUCUUUCCUCCUAUCAACUCUGCAGUCUGUUUAGCUUUUCCACUGCCAAAGAGCACAGUUCAAAUCAUAGAUCCAACUUUACAUUGGUCGACCCCCUUGAGUCAUGUGAACUUCCCUCAAAAGAGGCUGCAAAAAGGGCCAAGGAUCGCAUCUGUGAAAAAGAACUUUCGAGUUCAAGUCCUUCCAUUGAGUUCUUUAAGCAGAGCGGUUGGAGUAAUGCACAAGUCAUGAAGCUUAUGCAGAGGGAACCCAGGUUUUUGUGUGCUAAGGCAGAGACUGUCCUGAAGCCCAGGAUGAGAUCUUUGCAGGACAUGGGAUUUUCUGACACUGAAAUAGUUCAGCUGGUUUCAUCAAGUCCGAAUGUGCUCCUUCUACGUGACAUCCAACCGAGGAUCAACUUCUGGAGGUCACUUCUUGGUUCUAAUGAGAGGUUAAUUAAAGCCAGCAGGAGGAACAUGUUUCUGCUUACUUCUAGCUUGGCUCGAAAGAUUGAGCCCAAUAUAUCUCUCUUGAGGGAAUGUGGCAUCAGUGAGCAAUGCAUCACGCAGAUGGUGGUGAGACUACCGAGUUUAUUUUGUAGAACAGAAAAAUGUAUCAAGGAAGUUAUCAAACAUGUUGAGGAGUUGGGUGUGUCACGUGACUGUAAAAUGUUCCCUCAUGCACUAUUAGCAGUCAUGGCCCUGAGCAGGUCCAGGUUUGAUGCUACCUUUGCAACCCUGAUGAGCUUUGGGUGGUCCCUACCAGAUUGGAUCGCUGCAUUCAGGAGGCAUCCAUCCAUUUGGAGUUACUCAAAGAAGAACUUAUGUGAUAAGAUGACAUUCCUGAUGAAGGAAGCUGGUUGUGAGCUGACAUAUAUCAUUGGCCAUCCCGUGCUUCUUACAUUAAGCUUGGAGAAGAGGUUGAGACCUCGAUAUGAAGUUAUGAAUUUUCUUGAUGAGAAUAAAUUGCUGGAUAAAGGACAUAACCUGCUAUAUGUCGCGAAGCUAUCUGAAGAGAAGUUCAGAAACAAAUUCCUUUUCCUGCUACGCAAGGAGAAAUUUAUUGCUCAAUACGAUUCCUAUGUUGUUGCUGUGCAGGGAAAGCACCACGUCGUUGCGGAAAACUAGGAGUGCAAGUGCUUCCUUAAGACAAAGUGUCAAGCUAUUGCAUGCUGACUGCAAAUUAAUCAUUAUAUAUUUGUGACAAUUUAAGUUCUACAAGAGUUUCUUGGAGUAUAACUUUCAUGUUGGUGAUUCUUCUUCUAUUUAUUUUUUCUGCAACAAGAGGUACUGAUUCUUUUA